AUGCACAGCAUUAAAACCGCUGCCAUGGAAGAUGGCCACGGACAUGUGGAGGUCCAAUCAAUAUUGAGACUGCGUCCUAUGCUAAAAAAGGAACGUGAAGAGACCAUUCUUCUCGAAGUGCAGAAAAAUACAUCGAGAAAUGCACCUCCAACCGUUGUAUUGAACCCUCCACGAAUCUCUUUGGCAUCGCCGACAGCUGGGCACCCCCGUGCCCGUAGUGAAUCGGAUGGAACCAUCCACAAUACUCCAAUUGACUUUCAUUUCAAUCAUGUUCUUCCUGAGACUGCAAGCCAGGACAAGGUCUACUACACCCUUGGACUGCCAACUGCAACGGAAGCUAUGAGCUCGCUGACAAGAAAUAGUUCCAAUAGACCCCAAGAGCCCAACAAGAACCACUUGUUUGUAUCUAUGGGAAUCACUAACUCUGGAAAAACUUAUACCUGUUUUGGCGGAACGAAUAUUCCUAAACGACGCGCACUACAAGAUGGUCUUGUGCCUCGGCUGGUUGACAGUUUGUUUUCGCAGUCAAAGCACCAUGUAAAUGCGGAUAGUCGAGACUUUUCGGUUCAUAUCUCAAUGGUGCAGGUUUCACAGUCAAAGGGCAAUGAUCCUAAAAAUUGCAAGAUUUACGAUUUAUUCGGCAUCACUGAAAAGAAGAAGGCGCCAUCGCAAACAAUCAAAUCUGUCCGUUCAAUGGCAGCUAAAUUUGAAAAGGCUUUGCCAUCAGUGGCAAGUCCAAUGAGAUCCACACUAGCGAAAUCUUCCGAUUUUGUGGAGCUUGAUGCAGAAGAACCGCUCCCAAGUGUUGAAAAAUGUUUCGAAGUUUCACAAGCUCGAGAGACCCUUCAGAACGGCCUUGAUGCCUCGCGGAAAGCUGGAAAGGGAAACCAAAGCAACCAUUUGCUUGUUGUAUUGCAGCCGUUUCUGAACGGAAGUGAAUGCGGUGACAAAAUUGUUGUACUAGAUAUGGCUGGAUUGGAAAAAGCAAAGAGGAACCAAAGCCGUCAAAAGGAUGUUGUUGGUAUGAAUGAAGCUGCAAAUGGCGCAGUCCUGAAUUGCUUGCGGACAAUGAUACACAAUAUGAAUAUCACGACAGGAAAACGGCGCGCGAUCGAUGUUGCGGAUGACACAGCAAGUGAAAUAUCUUGUGUCUCUCAAGAGAAAGAUCCGUAUCAGCAAAGUAUGAAAACUGUUCCAUUCAGGCAGCACAAAGUAACUAUGCUCCUUCAUCCUUUAUUCAGAAACGAGCAGAUGACAAAAGUCACUCUAGUAAUGGCGGCAUAUCCAGGAAACUCAGAUUAUGUAGAGAAGAAAUCUCUCCUGCAAGACAUGGAGCUCCUUUGCGGUUCUUCGCUAUUUGCUGCCGGUGCCAGAGUUUCGACGGGAUUAGAACGCACUCUUCGCCAAGAUCAUUCAACGUUCACCGAUACAGAAAGUGAAUACGGAGAUGAUUCCACACUCCCACUAGCUAAGGAAAACAUUGCCAGGCUCGGACACACUGAAAAAUCUGUCCAUAUCCCAAGCUUCGAUCAUGAAGAAGGCGACAUGCGUUCCACGACCCGUCCACCGGCCUUUGCUCCUUCUUACAGAGGAUCGAGUCCUCUUGGAGGGAUUCGACAAAACAAUGAUGACUUCCGUUCUGCUGCGCCAGAUGCAGGGAAACUGCCGCCUAUCUCCGAUUUUCCAGGAGUUAGCAUGCCGCACAACAUUGACAAAUCUCCAAAUUUGAUCCACCAGACCAUGCCCGUGUCAAUGGUCGGCGGACCAAAAUCAAAUUCACCUGCAUACAGCAGUCGAAAUGACGAAAGAACAUUUCAGGAAACUAUUUACCAGGGUGAUUAUCUUGACGAAAAACGAUCCCCUCUAACCUCUCUCGAUAACUCUAAGGGGAGAGACAAAAGAGUCCCGUCUUCGACGAAACAAACUGAAGCUAGCCCACAAAAGACCUCCAUGAAGCCCAGAAAAGUUCACACUGUGGCUUUGCAGGAAAGGGUGGUGGUAAAGGAACACCGACAAAAGUCUCGUCGGUCUUCACAACCUGAAUCGGCGCGAAUCGAUUCUAGUUCUAAGGGAAAUGGCUCGCGCCAAAGUACUGGAGGUGACAAGGAAAUGAGAAUCAAACAAGCAGAAUCGAAAAUGAGACAGCUCCUACACGAAAAGCAAGCCAUAGAUGACAAAAACAAAGAGCUGGCGAGAGAAAACAGAGAGCUACGGUCCAUGCUACAACAAGUAGGUCGCAGCAAGAGGUCGUGGUCGAAUAAAGAUGAGGAGGAAUUUCAGGAGAAUCGAAAACUUCGACUAGAAGACCAAACACUCGUCAAAGCUCCCCUCUAUGCACAUUUGAAGAAGGUUGAUUACAUCUACGACAUUAAAAAUCAAUGGGCAAUGAGUGACAAACCGCAGUUUAACCUUCUGUUCCCAGCCCAUUUCCAAAGAGCACCGGAUCUCGACACUCGGGACAAAAUAAUCGAAGAAAGAGAGGCCGCAAUCAUGGAAAGACAGGCGACAUCUUCCAGUGCAAAUCGGAAGGAGAGAAGGUCUUUACUCAGAAGAAGUGGACUCUUCCCUCGACGAUUGUAA